AUGAAUUCUGGAUCGAGUUUAAAUGCAAGUAAUAUUAGGUUUACAUCAUAUCAACAAAACAUGAAUUCCGAUUCUGAAAAUCAAUAUAAAAUUCCUUCAUUAUAUAUACCGGAUAACGAUUUAGAUGAGAGUAUUGAUGGAUGGAAAUUUAGUUUAAUUGGGAGAUUGGAUUUAGUUAAGUUGAAAUUUGCAACUGCCGAAGAAGAAUUAAGAAAACAGUGGAUAACUAAAGGUAAAUUUCAAUUAAUCCCUAUUGGUAAAGGUGUUUUUGUUAUUAAGCUUGAGAAUGAAAUUGAUAUAAAGUAUAUUUGGAAUGGGUAUUGUAUGGUGAAAUCUCAUGUACUUAAACUGAGAUUAUGGGAAUCUAAUUUUAAUCCUGCAGCUCAAAAAUCUACUACAACUUUUGUUUGGGUUAAUUUUCCUGGUUUUGGUAUUGAGUAUUGGAAGGAGAAAAUGUUAAUGUCUAUGGGAGAUGCAAUUGGAAGAGCAAUUAAAGUCGAUGAUACUACUCUAAAAAGAGAAGUGGGUUACUAUGCCAGUGUUUUAGUGGAGGUUGAUUUAGCAAGAACUGUUCCUCAUCAAAUUGUAGUUAACUCCAAAUACGGAAGUUUUGAACAAGAGGUCCAGAUCCCUAAGUUACCUAAAUUUUGCAGUCAUUGUAAGGUUGUGGGUCACUUGGUUACUGAAUGUAAGGUGUUGAGGAAGGAAGAUGCACAAAAAGUUGAAGAAAAUGAUUAUAAUUAUGCUAUUCCUAAAAAGGUUUGUAGGAUUAAAGAAAAACCAGUACCUCAGCCUAUUGGUUUUGAUAUCUGUGGAACCCCAACUAAAAACAUUUCAAAGAAUGAUGCUAAUGAUCUAUUUAGUGAUGAUGAAAUAGUUGAUGCUAUUAUUCCUCCAGUGGAGAAUUCUCUUGUUCAACAUAAUGAUCCUGGAAGUCAAAAUUCAGGUAAAUUUCAUAUACUUCAAAAUUUCAUAAAUGAUGAUUUUCCUCCUAUUAGUGUGAACAAACUAUUGGAUGUUACAUCAAGUAGCUCCUCUGCUGUUAAUUCUAUUAUUGUGGAAGCUGAAAAGAAGAUGCCAGUAAAGGAAGUAGUUAAGAAGAUUGUCAAGCCUAAACCAAUUAGCCUGAUUACUACAAGAAAACAAAAUACUACUUUGAAUUUAGUAAAAGAGAAAAAAAAAGGAAUGAGAAGCCCUGGUCCUUCUCAACCUUCUAUUUUUUAA